GCGAGCGGCGGUGCCCGGGGGCUCCCCCCCCGGUGCCCUCCAUGGACUGAGAUGGCCUCGGAGCUGGCCAUGAGCGCGGAGCUGCCCACGAGCCCCCUGGCCAUCGAGUACGUGAACGACUUCGACCUGAUGAAGUUCGAGGUGAAGAAGGAGCCGGCGGAGGCGGAGCGGCUGUGCCACCGCCUGCCCGCCGGCUCCCUGUCGUCCACGCCGCUCAGCACGCCCUGCUCCUCCGUGCCUUCCUCGCCCAGCUUCUGCGCCCCCAGCCCCGGCGGGCAACCGGCCCCCGGCCCCCCGGCCGCCACCGCCGCCGCUUCGCUGGGCUCCAAGCAGCAGCUGGAGGAGCUGUACUGGAUGUCGGGUUACCAGCACCACCUGAACCCCGAAGCGCUCAACCUGACGCCGGAGGACGCGGUGGAGGCGCUGAUCGGCGCCCCGCACCAUCACCACCAUCACCACCAGGGCUACGAGCCCUUCCGGCCUCAGCCCUUCGCGGGCGAGGAGAUGCCACCGGCCGCCCACCACCACCCCGGCCACCACCACCAUCACCACCACCACCUCCGCCUGGAGGACCGCUUCUCCGACGACCAGCUGGUGAGUAUGUCGGUGCGGGAGCUCAACCGGCAGCUGCGGGGCUUCAGCAAGGAGGAGGUGAUCCGCCUCAAGCAGAAGAGGAGGACCUUGAAGAACCGCGGCUACGCUCAGUCCUGCCGCUACAAGCGGGUCCAGCAGCGGCACAUCCUGGAGAACGAGAAAUGCCAGCUGCAGAGCCAGGUGGAGCAGCUCAAGCAGGAGGUGACCCGCCUGGCCAAGGAGAGGGAUCUGUACAAAGAGAAAUACGAGAAGUUGGCCGGCCGGGGCUUCCCGAGGGAACCCUCCCCGUCCUCCGCCGCCCCCAAAGCCGCCGCUGACUUCUUCAUGUGAGGCUGGUGGGAUGUGGCGGGAUGGGGUGGUGGGAUCGCUCCCCCUCCCCCCCUUUUUUUUUUUGUUGUUGUUGUUGGUUUGUCGUCGCUGUUGUUCCUCAUGCGGGGAGAGCAAAAAAACCCGCCGCUUGUCUUUAAAGAAAAAAUUAUUAUUAAUAAUAAUAAUAAUAUUAAUAAUAUGAGGACGUCCCUCCCCCCUCCGGGAAAUUUUGGGGAGGGGAAGUCGAACUCGCCCCCCACGCACCCACCCGCCCAUGGGGACUCGGGGUGGGGGGUCCCGGGGUGGGUGAGUGGGGGGCGGACCUGGAGCCAGCCUUGCAUGCGGGACGUGUACGGCCACCCCCCCCCCCCUUUUUCCCGGGAGCAUCAGCGCCUUCCAGGUGGAUUCUCCUUCUCCCCCCACCCCCAAUCCCACACACCUUUUCCUGCGUGUUUUCCCCUCAAUUUGAUUUUUAUUCUUCCAGGGGUCCCCACGGAUCGGGCCGGGGGGGGGUCCCCGGCAGCGCUGCGCCCUGUCCGGCCCCUCCGCCUCCCCCCUCUUCCCUCCCUAAUUCCCGGCCGGCGAAACUGAGCCACGUUUAACUUAUUCACCCUUGUAAAUAUGUAGAAUAUUAGUUAGUUUUUUGCCUUUUUUUUUUUUUGAGCCUAUAUUUUGCUUGGUGAUUUACGAGAAAAAAAAAACUUUAAAAAAACCAAAAAAAAAGACAAAAAAUCCCAAAAUCCUUUAGAAAAUAGACAAAAAAAAAUUACACGAGUCUUAAAAGUUUGUAUGUAAUAGCAUGCAAAUAAUAUCCGAGUUAAUUUAAUGAUGUUGGGAAGAAGCCGAAUGCACUAUAUACAGGAAUCGAUUGGGUUAAAUAAUACUGUUUUAUAGAGAUUUAAAAUUAUCUAUGCUCUUAAAAAAUAGUGGGGAGGGGAGGGGAGGGAGGGAGGGAAGGGAGAGGCAACAAUUUUCGGGUGACCUGAAAGGCAAUAUAGUAAUAUAUGGACUGCGAACGGUUGGCUGCUAUCUCACUAUGCACCAGAUUUAUUUAUUAACCCUCGGGAGAAACGGGAUUUUAUUUUAACCUCGAUGUUCGGUGGAGAGAAAAAGAAAAAGACGGAAAGAAAAUGCACAUUAUUUGUUGCGUGAAAAAGGAAAAA